UGUCAUCGCUUGGCGCGCCGGAAGUCGUCCACACGUCAUCUUCAUGCGUCGGUCAGCGUUGCGCUCACGCAGGUCCAGGUUGAACGUCUGAACUACAAACAUGGCUCGGAACGCAGAAAAGGCCAUGACGGCCUUGGCCCGGUUUCGUCAAGCCCAGCUUGAAGAGGGAAGGAUUAAAGAAAGAAGACCCUUUCUAGCUUCAGAGUGCAACGAGUUGCCUAAAGCAGAGAAGUGGAGGAGACAGAUUAUCAGUGAGAUUUCAAAGAAAGUCGCGCAGAUUCAAAACGCCGGUUUGGGGGAGUUUAAGAUCCGUGAUUUGAAUGAUGAGAUCAACAAGCUGCUCCGAGAGAAAGGACACUGGGAAGUCCGCAUCAAGGAACUGGGAGGCCCUGACUAUAGGAGAGUGGGGCCGAAGAUGUUGGACCAUGAGGGUAAAGAGGUGCCAGGAAACAGAGGAUACAAGUAUUUCGGUGCGGCAAAAGACUUACCAGGAGUCCGAGAGCUGUUCGAAAAAGAGCCUGUAGCACCACCCAGAAAAACACGAGCGGAGCUGAUGAAGGACAUAGACGCUGACUAUUAUGGUUAUAGAGACGAGGACGACGGCGCUUUAGUACCAUUGGAACAGGAAUAUGAGAAACAAGGUGGGGCAAGUUCAGCUAAACGCUAGAAAUACAUAGUUUAU